AUUCUUUUAUUCCUUCUUUUUUUGCUUAUUACAUGUCUCUUUAUAUAUUUGAAUAUAUAUUGUUCUUGUAUGAUAAUAUUGAGCAACACCCUUAUGUGGGUUCUUGGUUUGACUUCAAUUUUUGGAACAGACUGUAACUUGCAAUCAUGAAAAUGCAAAAAGAUUUUUGUGGGUUGAUAAAAGUUUGAAUCUUUAGCUAUUUAGUUGUCUUAUAUGUGAUUCUUGUGAACUGCAGGUGGUUGUAGUUUGAAUUCAGAUCCAUUUUUAUGUGGGGUUUGUUUGAUUAGGUAGUGAAGCUCCAGCUGAUAAUUUGAUUCUUUUUACUUGUAUUGAUUGUAAUCUGAAAUUUAGAUGGUAAGGUUUGGAGCUUUAGUUGUUCUGUUUGGUGGGUGUUUCUGAGGAAUCUGUUUGAGGAAGUGUAGCUUUGAGCCUUUGAUGCUAAUGGGUUUUGGCAUCUUUUAGAGCCAAGCACAUUCUUUUAGAUUAGGGAGGUUCUUGAGGAAAUGGCGGAAGAAGCUGUUAUUGGUUGCAGGAUUGGGGACCUGAAGUUUGAAGACGAUGAUGAAGAGUUUUGUAGUUGUUGUGAAGAUGAAAGCGAGCUAAAAGAGAGGGAGGUUGUGGUCGGUGAAACUUCAAACGAUGAUCUGGGUGAAUUUUCUGUAAAGAUGUUCUUUAAGGGUGUAUCAAUAGCUGAGCCUGGAGAUUCUGGUUCUUCUGGAAUUUCCGGUAUUGGAGUGUAUAUGGAAAGAUCAGGCUGUUAUCCUGUUAUUCAGUUGCAAAAGAAACUUGAGUUCUUUGUUGAGGAAUCUGUGGCUAAUUAUUUAGCUUUAAUGGAUGGCUUAUCUGAGGCUAUGCGGAAUAAUGUCAGGCGCGUACAAGCUUUCACAGACUCUGAAAUCUUAUAUGAUGAGAUCACAGGUGAUAGUAUUCUUGAGAAUCCACUCCUUUUGGCAUUGAGGCAAAGAAUCUUAGAACAUGCUAGCACUCUCGACUUCUUUGACCUUAAGUAUGUUCUUGAUAUUGAUCUGACGAGACCACUUCAGUUAGCCAAAGUCGCAAUUGGUGUUAUCUCUUUUCCCGCCACAGGAGAUGAAUCAGUAGAUAACUGUUCAAUAUGUUGCGAAGAAAGGCCUUCCCCAAUGAUGAUGACAAUAAAGUGUUCACACAAGUUCUGUUCCCACUGUAUGAAAGCCUAUGUUGAAGAAAAAUUGCAGUCUUCUCAGGUCCCCAUUAAAUGUCCACAAUUGAGAUGCAAAUAUAAUAUCUCUACUCGUGAAUGUAGAUCUUUUCUUCCGGUUACAUCAUAUGAUAUCUUUGAGAGAGCUUAUAAUUUUUUUAAUGAAGCUAAUGUUCUUGGAUCAGAUAAAUUUUACUGUCCCUAUCCAGAUUGUUCGGCUUUACUUAUUCCUCAUGAAUGCUCAUUGGCAAGGGGGAGUUCAUCAAACCAGGCAGGUAGCAUUUGUUUGGAGUGCUCAGUAUGUCAGCGAUUUAUCUGUGUGGAUUGCGGGGUCCCUUGGCAUUCUUCGAUGACAUGUGAAGAAUAUCAAAACCUCCCAUUAGAGGAGAGGGACACGGGUGAUGUUACUUUGCAUCAGCUGGCUCAAGAUAAAAGGUGGAGGCAGUGCCAGCAAUGCCUGAGAAGGAUCGAGCUUACACAUGGCUGCUACCACAUGACCUGCUGGUGUGGCCACGAGUUCUGCUAUUCUUGUGGCGCUGAGUAUAGAGAUUCAGGACAGACUUGUCAAUGUACAUUCUGGGAUGAAGAACAGUAUCCCGACGACGUGAUCACACACCCUUCUCAAGAAUUUGAACAAUGGGCAUGGGACUCUUUCGGUUCUUUAUCAACAAUGGUGGAUGCCUAUUCAGAGCAAGAGAGAUCACAACUGGCACUUAUUCAGAGGUUCCUUGCUGGCGGUCUCAGUUCGGGCGAGCACCAACCAGAACAGUCUCCCCCAAGUUGUACAGACUCGUACGGUGAUUCCAUUAAGGACCUGCAUCAGCUUCCUUGGCUGGAGCGGUUUGUGUCCGUAAUUAGUGAUAACUUUUAUGACGAAUAUAACCAGUGAAGCAACAGAGGUUCGAUGAUUUGGUUUCAUUUUUAUCGCUAUGCAAAGCAGGCAAUUUGAUAUUCUUAUUUCCUUGUUGGAAGACAUGUUAAUCUCUCUUAAGUCCUGAGGACUCUUCUGCCAAUGGCUUUCUUCUCGAAAGAAAAAGCGGCAAGGAAGAGGAAAAUUAAAAGAACAUGAGUUUCCUACGCUUCAUACUCUUGAUCAGCGAUUGAUUGUUAAUGAUACAAAAUUUAUGUC